UUACAGACCACGUAGAUCUUUUGCCACUUUAACAAGCCUACUCCACCUUUGCCUGCCUUGGGCUAUUUCUUUCCAUUUAUCUGCACACAGCUCUACUGCAUAUUUGUUGAUUCUGUCUAUCCAUCUGCUUUUCGGCAUUCCACGUGGUCUUUUGCUUUCUAUUGAUACGUAGAGGCUUUCAGAUAAAUUGCUAUGAGCUACAUACCUCGAUCAUCUUAGCUUCCAUGCCUUCAUAUCAUGACUUCAAUAUUGUACGAAUCUGUGUUCCCCUCUUCAGCAAUAUUUUAUUCUCCCAAAAAAUUUUGUUUAGCAACUGGAAGAAGUUUGCAAUCUUUCUUUGAGGAAUCCUCUUUUUGCCGAUCUUAUAGUUUUGUUUGCCUUUUUCUUGGCAGCUCUGUACUUGUCCUGAGCGACUUGAUCAGUUGUAGUUAGGCAGAAGACUUUCAUUUUUCUU